AUGGAGGAUUCGGGUUGCCGGAGCUCAGAUUCCGAACCUCCGGCGCUUGGCUGUUUUGGUGAUAUCUCCUGCGCCGCUCUCCCUCCUUCAGAUACAUCUUCAUCAUCGACAUCGCAAGGUCCUUCUGCCCUAGAUCCUCCCAUAAUCCUGCCUUCGAUCGACUUCCGGAUCCUACCUACCUCUCGCUCUCGAUCCGUCACCAUCGACGCCUCAACCGCAGCCGCUUCCAAGGCACCUUUCGUGCGUGGGCAUCGUCGUCGCUCUACCCACGUUACUCGUCGUGACCUUGAGAAAUUCCGAAGAGACGUUCUUGGAGUCGAAACUUCGGAACUCCAUUUUGAGGACGAUCCUCAGCCUCCGGCUGCUGCCAAUCCGUCUCUGGACCCUCAGCUCGAGCACCUGAACCGUGCCUUCGACGAGGCGGCGAUGUCUAUGAACCAUAACAGUGGUAUGGCCGGUAGCAAUUCUGGACAGGGCCCCGUCUUUUCCAACAUUGUGGAAAACUUGCCGGCUUCUUCCAACAUGGCGAACCCUCCUCGUCAAUCCCUCCCCCCGGCAAUGCCGCACACCCCUGCCCAGGUCAAUGGCGCGGGAAUGGCUGGCAUGAACGCGGGAAUGCCCAUGAAUGCGGGCCACCAGAUGGACCUUCACCACCUUUACGAUAUGGUGCUUGAACUGAGCGAUGUGUUGAAAAACAACCGCGAGAUGACCAAUAGCAUUGUUGCGACCGCCGAAGAGAUGUCGGUUUGUGUGCAGCCGGCUGAUGGUCGACAGAAGCGUUGCGCGUCUGAGGGAACUUCUCCAAGUCUUCAGCAGGUGAACGGCGAGAUUAGUGCCGCUCGGAUUGCCGAGCUGGAGCGCGCCCUUGCCAAAGAAAGGCGUCUUGUCGAAAUCCUCAGGAACGAGCAAGCCGAGAACACGAAGCUUAUAGGUGAAUACGAAGCCGCUGUCGGGACUAUGGUGGAACAGAUUCGGAACUACUGUCAAAACAACAAUAUGCACUUCCUCGCCCAGAAACGUCAUUACAACAAUCUCCUGCAGGCCGAACGUGAUUCCCACUUGGAGAGCCGUCUGGACCGCGAUUAUUGGCAUGCUCAGACGAUGAAAUGUGCGGAGAUGAUCCGCACUGCCUACCGGCUUCGUUGCGAGGAGGAAGAAACCCCUGUUCGGAUCAUUGCUGGUCUCCAGAACGAGGUUCGUGCUUACCGCAACGCCCUGGGUAUGGAGCCCGAGAAGCCGGAAGAGGAGUACGGAUGGGAGAUCCUAAAAGACGUACCGGCAAGCACUGAAUAG